UGUAAAUUAAAUUUUCACUUUUUUAAUUUCUUAUUUUAAACAUUUUUACACACUGAUUCCAAUAUUUAAAUUAUUUCAUAAACAUGUUAAACUUUUUAAUGUGUUAAAUUUUAUUAUUAAUGUGUUAUUGGUAGAUGAUUCCACUUGAUGUCGAGUAUUACGAGCCUUCACGGCCUGAAAAACAUAAAAUCAAAAGCUUAACGUUUUUGAGGAGGGAUUUUUCAAAAUCUGACCUUAACACAUGUUAUAUGGCAGUUUUCUCAGCUUUCAUAGCAGACCUUAUUUGCCUUUACAUACCACUGAUCCAAUACACAGAUCUUUCAAUAUUUGAUGGGUUUUUAUUAUUUGUUGAAAAGCAAAAGGGGAGAAUUUCGGUUUUUUACUGCUGUAACCUCGUUUAUUUGCUCGUGUUGUACACUGGAAUUCUCACUUCCUUUUUCUGGAAAAACUCAAUGGUUUGGGAUAUUUUAGGGAACUGGGCACUUGUGGGAGUUUUUCUUACUGUGCUAUGGCUUCCAUUCAAUAGGAAAUAUUUUAUCCUAAAUAUCGCAACUUCACUCAUAAAUUUAAUUUGCCUCAAAAUCAGGUCGGAUUCUAAGUUUUCUAAUGCUCAAGUCGAUCAAACUAAUUGA